GAUGUAUAUUAGCCUAGGUUACCCUCUUCGCCAUCGCUGGUAUCCAUUACACCGAUGCUUCCCGUUGUAGAGAUACUUGCACUGUGUGCUGCUGCAGUCUCAUUUGACUUUCCGCGCCCAUGAACCUUGAACGCGUAGCAGAGUGCAAGCCAGAAGACGCCUCAGGCAUCACGAUGCAAGCCAAUCCUGUUCACGUCUCAAUCCUUCUCGCAUCUUCGUGGUAUUCUUCACAUUCGUAUUGUGUUUUACAAACGAGAAUUAGCUUCAAAUUGAAGGACGUAUCCCUCGUGUGUCUCUCCCGCGACACCAUUGUCUCGGCGUCGGCUAUAAAUUAUUUGUACAUAACAAUGACCGUCUCCAUCUAUGGAAUAAGGGUAUCAGUCUGAUCGCCUGACUUUUGCUCGCCGCAUUCCCACUCGCCCCUAUGUGGGCAGAAAUGCAAACCCGAUAACUCCAAGUC